AUGAAGCUCACAAUAUCGCCGCUCCAAUGGCUAGCCGGCGUCAUGCUGUGCAUGAGCCUGGUGAAUGCUCAUACUGUUAUUGUUUAUCCCGGAUACAGAGGCAAUAACCUGCAUACGACCGGGACAGUCGAAAAUGAUCACGGUCUCGGUGCUUCUUACAAUAGCGACAACAAGUCCAUCGAAUAUCCUUACGGGAUGCAAUGGAUCUAUCCCUGCGGCGGCAUGCCCUCAUCCACUAACCGAACGAAAUGGCCUAUUCAUGGCGGUGCGAUAGCGCUUCAGCCAGGAUGGUUCCCAGGCCACUCUCGAGCGAUGAUAUACAUGAAUCUGGGUCUGGGGACUGUGCCACCGAAUAUGAGCCAUCCCAUGAAAACCCCCUUUGGUAUCGUCGGCCCGGACAACGACCCCUACCCCGGAACAAUCUGCAUCCCUCAAGUCCCGCUACCUGCUGGUAUUGAGGUGAACCCAGGGGACAAUGCAACGAUCCAAGUAAUCGAACUCGCUCAGCACGGGGCCGCUUUGUAUAAUUGUGUGGACAUCACAUUCGCCGAGCCCGAAGAGGUCGCCGAAGUCAACAGAACAAAUUGUUUCAACUCCAGCCAGAUCAACUUCGAAGAGGUGUUCACCUCUUCGUCGUUACAAAGUGCCGGACUCGAGGUCAUCACCCCACCUACCCUCCUCACAACCGUGUUACCGGCCUUCCUGGCUAUCGCGUACGGGUUCUUGAUGGCAUAG